AUGGGUUCUUUAUCUCCAACAUGCGCGGACCUGGCCUAUCCAGGCUGGGUCCAGCCAUUGAUCUCCGUAAUCAUCAUUGUCGGUAUUCUCAUUUCAUACCUACCGCAACAUAUUCGUAUCAUUACUCGGGGAACGUCUUUCGGUAUAUCGCCGUGGUUUGUCCUCUUGGGCACCACAUCCGGAACCUCUGCAUUCGUCAACAUCCUGAGCUUCCCCAAGACGGCCGUCGAUGUCGGCUGUUGUCGAGAGGUGAGCGGCUUUGCCUGUUUCGCAGGCCUGCUCGGAGUGAUUCAGCUGGGCAUGCAAUGGCUGUGCUUCUUUAUCAUCUUGCUCCUCUACGUGAUCUACUUCCCCCGCGCCACCUCAUCCACAGACCCCACCCGGUCGGAAGACGCCGCCCCAGAAGGUCAAGGACCAACCUACCGCACCGCGCUGGCCGUCACCGCAACAUGCGUCUUCUACACCCUGCUGACCGCCAUCAUCUCCGUCGCCCUGGCGAUGCGCAGACCCUCUGCCCUGGAAGGAUGGGCCAACUUCCUCGGGGUCUUUGCCGCAGUCCUCGCAUCCAUCCAGUAUUUCCCCCAGAUCUACACCACCUGGCGCAUUCGCGGAGUGGGCAGUCUCAGUAUCCCCAUGAUGUGCAUCCAGACACCCGGCGGCUUGCUAUGGGCCGGUAGUCUGGCCGCCCGAACGGGUAUCAAGGGCUGGAGUAUCUGGGGUGUGAUUGUCGUCACGGCCGUGCUGCAGGGUGUUCUGCUGAGCAUGGCUGUCUACUUCAAGUACUUUGGUGAUUCCAAGAGUAAGCAGAAGGAUUUGGAUGAGGACGAGCAGGACGGCCAGGCCAAUGGAGCUGGUGAGGAUGCGUCUGCGGGCGAUGUGUCCUCUACAAAACCCCUCCUCCAAGGCCACCAAGCGUCCGUCCGAGGAGACGCCCCUGCUCCAAGGGGAGUGAUGCAAAGCAACACACUGUGUAUGGGUGCGGACCCUUUGAUUCUCCGUGGUCGAUUGCUCAUAUAUCGACUGACUCGUGUGCGAGGGCGGACCAGAACCGUGAGGACGGGGAGAAUCAGACGCGAACACUUUCUGUCUUUUCAUCCUCCCCUUUCUUUCGACAACGGUGUUCAGACAGACCCCCCUACCUUGAAAAAAAAGGCCGUGUACUAA